AUGGGUCACCGUGAAUUGACUCAGCAGCAGCGGGUUUACCUGCAGUCCCAGAUGCUUUACAAGGCAGCCACCAACCCUGAGAGGUUUGACCAGGAGACUAGUAGAGCCAGUUUCGGAGUACCCGAUAAGCAAGACGCGACUGCCCUCGCUUCCUCACCACCUGUGGCUGCUGCCAGAGAGACUGGACCACUGCUGCUCUCGGGGGACAUGAGGACCUUCUGGGGGGCAGCUGAGCGCCUGCUCAGGACCGGGUGGAGGUUCGGGCACCUUGGGCUCCACAGGGCCCUUGCGCUGCUGCAGGCCGCUUGGAAAGAUUUCUCGACGCCUGUCCCAGCCAGCUGUGGCCAGCUGCUGACCCAGCUCCUCCUGUGCGGUUCCCUGGCCGCUGCUGCCACAGGGCUGACCCACCACUGGCUGGUGUCCUCGCUGCGUUAUCCUCUGGGACCCUCUGCUACGGUGGCUGCUGUCUGUGGCCUCCUGGUCUUCCUGGGCCUCAGCCUGGUGCCCCCAGCCCGCUGCCUGUUUGCGAUCAGCAUGCCCAGCCUGGGCACAGAGCAGGGUCGCCGGCUGCUCCUGUCCUAUAGUACUGCCACCCUGGCCAUCACCGUGGUACCCAAUGUCAUGUCCAAUGUGAGAGCGGCUGGGCGGGUGCUACGAUGUGUCACCGAGGGCUCCCUGGAGAGUCUGCUUAACACCACCCACCAGCUGCUUGUGGCGUCCAGGGCUCUGGACCCUGCAGGCCAGACAACUGGCAGGGGCUUGAUGUUCGAGACCCAGGGCAAUGGCUCUGCCUUCCGACUUCACAUGCUCAAGGUCAGUGAGCAGAUCAUGGAGGACUUCUCUGGCCUGGAGACCCUGGCCCAGGCAGCAGCACUGGGGGCCCAGAGGGUGGUCGCAGGGGUCUUUGUACUGGGCCUCCUGGUGGAGUCCACUUUGUACCUCCAUCAUUACCUGACUGACCUGCGCUUUGACAAUAUCUAUGCCACACGACAGCUGGUUGGGCAGCUGCCAGAGGCCCAGGCCACACACCUGGUGGCCUCCCCACCAGCCUGGCUGCUCCGAGCAGCUCGGCCAAGGCUGUCCCAUGAGGAACUACUGAGGUUUCUCCUCAGGCUGGGGCUGCUCACCCUGCUUCUGGCGGCCACAGCUGUGAUGGUGGCUACAGACUACGCGGCCUUCCUCCUGGCCCAGGCGGUCAUAGACUGGGCUCAGAAGCUGUCCAGUGUGCCUGUCACCCUCACCAUCAAGUAUGAUUCAACAUACACCGUCCUGGACUUCAUCUCCUUCCUCUUCAACCAGCCAUCCGCAGAGAGACCCUUCCUCUCUGCCCACAGCUCCUACCAGUGGGAGCUGCGCUUUGUCUCUCCCGGCUGCCCGCUGCUGCCCGCCCAGUGCCCCCGCGUGGCCGCCUACCUGGCUGCUGGGGCCCUGCAGCUCACCGCUUGUGUCAUGGUCCUGCUGGAGACCUACGCCCGCCGCCUGCGGCACGCCAUCGCAGCAUCCUUCUUCACCGACCAGGAGACCAAGAGGGUCCGCUACCUUCACGCCAGGCUCCAGCGAUGGUAUAACAGGCACCGUUGCCAGCAGCCGCCCCUGGGGGCGCCUUCCUGUCCCACACCUGAAACAGAGAGCAGGAGACAGAAGGAAAGAGCCGUGGCAUCCUACGGCCCUGAGUUUUCAUCCUGCUCCCUGUGCUGUGUGACCUUGGGUAGGUCUCUUCACCUUUCUGAGCAUCUGUUUCCACAUCUGGUAAUGGCUGUGGAAACCAUUGACGUGGCCUGCUUUCCACACAGCAAUGUGGUAAGUGUGGAACAAGAUACUGGCAGUAACUAA